GGUGACGGACAUGUCUUCUAUGUUUUCCGGAGCCACGAGCUUCAACAUAGACAUUGAUGGUUGGGACACCAAACAGGUGAGGAACAUGGCUUCUAUGUUUCAUGGAAGCACUCACAUGCACUCCUCCUCCAGCAGCAAAUGGGGAGAGGUGGCAUUCAAAUCCCCAGAAAAGUUUGACAAAUUUGAGCUUAGGAACCACGAAUUGGAAGGCAACGACGACAAGAACGUUCACAUAUGUUCCUUCAGCGAAAACCCUCUCAGACCUUUCGUUCUUUUCGAGUAUCUUCGAAAACCAGAGGAUUCGGAGGACUACAAGUUAAAAUGGGAGUUGCAUAAGCAAGUUGGGGUUGCAUCCAUGGGAGUGCAGGGAGGAACGGUAACGCAGGACCAACUUUUCAAUAUUACGGAAGUUACUACCACCGAGGGAGAAAAAGUUUAUUGUGAAACACCCCAAACCCCAUCUAAACUUGCAGCACUCUCGGGAGAAGAACAAAAAGUUCGCGUGUUGAGGCCAAACGUCGCCAACGGAGGUGUUCGGGUUGGUGAGUGGUAUAAUCUAUGCAUGCCAAGGGUUUUCAAGCCAGCCAAGUCUUCUCGUUAUCUAACUCUCUCCCUCUCUCGUGCUGCUUAUUGAUGACGUUCAGGAAAAGUCUCUUUCAACUUGGGGCCUGAACAUGGUCAAUAUUGUAUGUAAUUAUAUUGUGGUUUUUGAUCGCUCGAUCUAUACAUUCUGGUGGGCAGCUGAUCGUCUUGUUUUUGCUUCUUUUUGUGCCAUGCAGCUCUCAGGAUUUUCUACGAGUCUUCUAGUAUCUUGGUCUCUCAUCUUGAUUACAAGAUAACUGUGACAAAAGAAGGAAAAUUCACUGGUGUCACAGUUGAUGUUGACAGCUCAAGUGCUUCCGUAGAUGCGGAGGUGAAGGAAGAGGUGGGCGUUACAGCAACUGUGUGCGGAGAUCCGACCACCAUUUUCAAGGUUGGUCAAGAGUUUAGCAUCUGCGUGACACCUCCAGGUAACCACGUCAUCAGUGGCUUCAAGAACGUCAUCUGCAAGAGUGGUGCAUUCGAGAAAGAACUUUUUGAUGGAGCUGGUGGCAAGGUAGACCUGCUGACCAGCCUUGAUCUCGAAGCCAAUAAAUUCACCAGCGUUGUCACCACAGGAUUUGUUGGGGGCGGCAAAACUGAGUUUGAAUGCACUGGUCGUGUGGUACUCCAGAGGGCACGCCUACGCCGUGAUCUCCAGGCCUCAGAGGAGAACACAGAGGAUCUCUUUUCUGUGCAGAUUCCCAUUGCUGCUCGGUCCGAUGGUGUGGAUGCUGGUGUGGAUGCGCUGGGGAUUGCCGCACCUGGUGUUGCUGUAGGACCCUUGGCCGUUGGAACCGCUGGAGCCAUUGCUUUGGCUGCCGCAUUGUUGUAACCAACGACGAUUCCAGGAGAACCUCUGCCUCCGGUGUUGAGGCUGCUACCAGCACCAUCACAAAUAUUGCUGCGGCAUUGCUUCAAGGAAAUGAAGAUUCUUAGGAAAAGAAAGGAAGAAAAAUUAAACGUUGAAUACAUAUGGAACCAAAAGAUACAUAGGUAGUGCUGCCCGGCCCGUACGAGAAGAAAAACCAAAAAAUGCUGUUUGGCCGUGGCGUAAAACAAAAAAAAUAAUAGUAUUGAGUCAAU